AUGAUUACGAAAGAUAACUCGCCGUCUACGAAAGAAACGAGCACCAUGGACACGUCCAAAUAUGUGUUCUCGAAGUACUACGAGUACUUACCGUACAUGCGCCUCGAAAAGGAGAGCAUUCUCAACGUCUUGCAUUCCCGCGAGACGGGCACGGAUACCAAAAUUCGCAACAAGUCGAAGUCGAACCCAAAAUGGUCGUCUUUUACUCGAAAAAGUCAAUGCUUCUAUACGAGGUCUUUAUGUGCUGCAAAAAUCGGGCGCCCCCUUUUUUAUUCCAUCACUAAUGUGGAAAAGGGCGUUGACAAGAGGCUGAGGCCGAGGCAAUUCGAGUACCAUCCGUCAGAUUCUGGCUUGAUGGCAAUCGGAACUCUUGAUGGGGAAGUGAUUGUGGUGAACCACGAGACGGGGAAUAUUGUGUCCCGUGUGUCCUCGUGUGGGGAUAUGAAUAGUAUUCUCGGUCUCUGUUGGCUCAAGGGACAACCCUCUAAGCUCCUAGUGGGCUCCGAUAACGGCUCAUUGAGAUUGUACGACGUCAACUAUGAUGCCCUGAAAUCGAAGGACUGCUAUCGCGACCCGGCUGUGACCUUUGACGACUUUGAGCAGCUGACAUCAGUUCACGUCAACUCGACCGAUGACCGUUGUCUGACUAGCGGCUACUCCAAGAAAGUCGCCAUUUACGACAUCUGCAGUGGGAAAAGGUUACACCUUCUUUCGGAUAUGCAUCGUGAGCCCAUAAAUGUUGCCAAAUUUUCGAACCAUUCCCCGAGCUUGUUCGUGACCUCGUCGUUCGAUCGUGAUGUGAAGAUGUGGGAUACGAGGCGGAAGCCCGUGGGCCCGUGCUUCUCGGCAAGAAGCACGAGAGGAAACGUAAUGGUCGUGUUCUCGCCUGAUGAUCUUUAUCUGUUGGUCUCGGCUGUUGAUAAUGAGGUGAAGCAACUUCUAUCGGUGGAUGGGAGGCUUCACACUGAUUUCGGCAUAGUGUCGACCGGAAGUGCUCAUAACUACACUCGAUCUUAUUACAUGAACGGAAGAGAUUAUAUCAUUAGUGGGAGCUGUGAAGAAUCAACGGUUCGUGUUUGCUGUGCCCAAACCGGGAGGCGACUGAACGACAUUUCUUUGGAGGAUAUGAGAUGGCAGAGCUCGAUUUUUGUGCAGUCACUGAGAAGCGAUCCUUUUAGACAUUUCAACAUGGCGAUUCUUGCAGCCUACGCUCGACCUAUAUCCAAAUACGAAAUUGUUAAGGUCGACUUGCUCUCGUCUAGUCACUCUAACGAAGAAAAUUGUGAAGGCUUGAAGGGUGGCUAA